GUCUAAUUCGUUGAGUCAACAACAUUGCUUGUAUAAAAGCCAGUUGUGUUUUUAAAAUUACCGUCAAAAACAUUUUAAUACCCUAAAAUGUUAGAGUGAGUGUGUUAGAAUUGUUAACUUUGAAGCAAGUUCCUUUGUUUGAGUAGACGGAACCGUUACUAAACAUGGCUGAUGUUAUUGUUGAAAUUACACAAGGAAAAUUACGUGGACGCAUUGCAAAAGAUGCAAAUGGAAAUUAUUAUAAAAGUUUUCAAGGGAUUCCAUACGCAAAACCACCAAUUGGAAAAUUAAGAUUUAAAGCACCAAAACCAGCUGAACCAUGGAAAGAAGAUAUAUUAGAUGCGACAAAAGAGCGAAGUGUUUGUCCUGUGACUUUUGCGUUACCUGGAACGGAUAGUGGUUCAGAAGAUUGUUUAUUUUUGAAUGUUUAUACACCUCAGUUACCGAAAGAAUCACAAACAAAACUUCCAGUAAUGGUUUGGAUUCAUGGUGGAGCAUUUAAUAUGGGUUCUGGCAAUUCUGAAACUUUUGGUCCAGAAUUUUUAGUCGCAAAAAAUGUGAUUUUGGUAACCUUAAACUAUCGUUUAGGAUAUUUAGGUUUCCUUAGACUAAACGAUCCAAAAUGUGAGGUAACAGGUAAUGCUGGAUUAAAGGAUCAAACAGAGGCUUUACAUUGGGUACAAAAGAAUAUUUCAGCAUUUGGAGGUGAUCCAAAUAAUGUGACUCUCUUUGGUGAAAGUGCUGGUUCAGCUUCAGUUAGUUUCCAUCUUUUAUCACCCCUAUCGAAAGGAUUAUUUCAUAAGGCAAUUUUACAAAGUGGUGUAGCCUUGAAUCCUUGGGCAAUACAAAUUCGUCGUGAUUAUGAUUUUGUUAGAUUGUUAGGAUGUACAUCUACCAACGAUAUAGAAAUAUUGGAUUUUUUACAAAAUCAAAAGAUCGAAGACAUUUUGAAAGCUCAGACAUUGUCCACUUCUCCCGAGACUCAGCCAUGUGGAGAAAUUUGUGAAGUUACACCAGACAUUGAAUUAAACAAUCCAUCAGCAUUUUUAACUGAUUCUCCGGAAAAUUUAUUAAAAAAAGGUCUUAUUAAUGCUGUACCUAUAAUGAUAGGUACAAACGAUGCUGAAGGUUUAAUUACGAUUCUACCGCUUUACAAGAAAUUUACCUUAUAUUCGUUUGAAAAAGAUUUGCUUAUACCACGAGAUUUGCUAGAAAAAUUAAAAUCGAAAGAUGAAAUUGAAAAAACUACAAAGAAAAUAAAAGAGUUUUAUAAAUUUAAUGACUACGAAAGUAUGAAAGACUAUUGGAGCGAUGUUUUAUUCACGUAUAAAACUCAAGUCUUUGCAAGAGAAAUUGCCAGAAAAUCAAAUCAUCCAGUUUAUAAUUAUUUGUUUCAAAUCAGCAUAGAUGAAAUGAAACGAGCAUGCGCCAUUUUUAAUUUGGAUUUGUACGAGGGUGCAGCCCAUGCUGAGGAAUUGGGUUAUUUAUUUAAAUCAGUAUUCGGUUCUUUACCAUCAUCAAAUACACCAUUAGGUAUUGCUGUGCAUAUUAUGUCAACAUUAUGGACGAACUUUGCAAAAACUAGUAAUCCAAAUCCAGAAAUACCUGAUCCACAUAUUAAUGUCGAAUGGAAACCUUUUACCAUAAAUGAUGAAAAUUAUUUGGAGAUUGGGUCUAAGUUACAAUUGAAGAAGAAUUUAUUACAUGAAAGAAUUCAAUUUUGGGAUAAUUUAUAUUUUGAAAAAAUGGAUAACGUUGUUGUGGAAAUAGAACAAGGAAAAUUAUGUGGUCGUAUUGCUGAAGAUCUGAAUGGAAAUGAUUAUAAAAGUUUUCAAGGAAUUCCAUACGCUAAACCACCCGUAGGAAAUUUACGCUUCAAGGCACCGGAACUACCAGAUCCAUGGGAGGAUGAAAUAUUGGAUGUGAAAACUGAACGAAGUAUUUGCUAUCAGCGUAACUAUAAGCCUUGGGAAAAAAACUAUGAAGGGUCAGAAGAUUGCUUAUUUUUAAACGUUUUUACACCAAAACUACCCAAAGAAUCAUCAGCAAAAUUACCAGUAAUGGUAUGGAUACAUGGCGGGGCAUUUACUUCAGGUUCUAGUACGAUAGAAAGCUUCGGUCCAGAGUUUUUGGUUGCUAAACUUAUUGUUUUAGUAACAAUUAACUAUCGUUUAGGUUUUUUAGGUUUUCUUAGUCUAAAAGACCCAACGUGUGAAGUAACAGGUAAUGCUGGAUUAAAAGAUCAAAUUCAAGCUUUACGUUGGGUAAAUAAAAAUAUCGCAGCGUUUGGAGGUGAUCCAAAUAAUGUGACAGUAUUUGGUGAAAGUUCUGGUUCUGUAUCUAUAAGUUUCCUUCUUUUAUCACCAUUGUCGAAAGGUUUAUUUCAUAAAGCAAUUUUACAAAGUGGUACAGCAUUGGUUCCUUGGGCAUUGCAAGUUCGUCAUGAUUACGAAUUUAUACAUUUAUUAGGUUGUAAAUCCACUGAUGAUAGAGAAAUUUUAGAAUUUCUACAAAAUCAAAAUCUGGAAGAUAUCUUAAAUGCUCAAAAUACGGUUGCUUCUCCAGAGGCUCAUCCAUUUGGUGAGUUGUGUGAUAUUUCACCAAAUAUUGAACCAAAUAUUCCAUCAGCAUUAAUAACUGACACUCCAGAAAAUAUUUUACGCGAAGGACGCUUUCAUCAAAUACCAAUAAUAAUAGGAGUAAACGAUAAAGAAGGAAUAAUGAUGGACUUGCCUUUAUAUAAACCGUUAAAAGAAUACUGGUUUAACAAUGAUGUGCUCGUAACACAAGAUUUACAAGAACAACUGAAAUCGAAAGACGAAAUUGAGAAAACUAAUAAGAAAAUAAUGGAAUUUUAUAAAAUUACUGAAAUUGACAAUAUAACAGAUUGUUUGACCGAUACUUUAUUUGCAUACAAAAUCGGAACUUUUAUAAAGAAAUAUGCACGUUACACAUCACAACCAAUUUAUAAUUAUUUGUUUCGAAUAAGCAUCGAAUCGAUGAAAAUGCAAUCGAAAAUGUAUAAUUUGAAACCGUAUGAAGGUGCAUCCCAUUCAGAGGAAGUACCAUAUUUAUUUUAUCAAAAACUAACACCUGAAAUAUUACCAAAUUCAUCAGAAGCUUUGGGCAUACAUAUUAUGACAACAUUAUGGACAAAUUUUGCAAAAAAUACUAAUCCAAAUCCAGUAAUUGUUUUACCAUAUUUUAAUGUUGAGUGGAAACCGUUUACGUUGAAUGAAGAAAAUUAUUUAGAUAUUGAUUUAAAGCCACAAUUGAAGAAGGAUUUAUUGAAGGAAAGGAUGCAGUUUUGGGAUAAUUUGUAUAGGCAAUAA